AUGACAAGUCGCUACCCGCUGAAGGCAGGGACAAGCCUGCCCCUACAAGGAACCAUCUGUCUCGCCACAGAGAUCCGUCUCGCCGCGAAGAUCUACUUCGCCGCAACGAUCCCCUCCGCCAAGAAAGGACGAGAGCCCCCCUCCGUCCGCACCACGCCGCUCAAGAAAAUCUUCCUCGAGCGACAAACCCCGCAGCUCGAAGAAAUCCUCCUCGAGCGAGAAGAUCCUCAAACUCAUGGAGAAUCUCGUCAAGCCGACGGUUUCGAGUCAAUGAGAAGCACUUAG